AGAUGGCAGCAAGCGUGACAGCGGUGUUGACAUUGAAGAAUGGUACAAAACAAGAGUUUUCUUUUCCAGCUGGUUCUUUAGAAAAAACUGUAGAUCUUAAAAUAUUACAAGAGUCUUUAAGGAAUCUACAAAAGGAUACAAAUGAAGCACUGACAGUUUUGGUAAACCAAGAAAAGGCUACAAAUAACUGCAGUAGAAAUGGUAAACAAGACCAAGAUGAUGAUGAAGAAGAUGAGGAGGAAGAUGAAGAAGAAGACAAUUCUAGCAAAAAUAAGAAAAACACUGAUACAAUAAAAUCAGAACCACCCAUAAAGAAAUCUAAAAGGUAGCACAAGGUUAAAAAAAUGCUAUCAACUGAUAACAUUUGAUCCAGUUUUCCUGUUGCUUGCGGAUUUUAAACACUUGCAGAAAGAUUGAACAAGACUGCAGUUUGCAGCAUGCUCUUAAGGUUAAAAGACAGACUAUUAUUGCCAGUAUUACAAGGAUGGUCCAGAUGAAAUAAAAUGCCUUGGGGCAGAAUACCCAGAAGA